AUGUUUGGGAUUCCGAAGUUCUUUGGUUGGAGGGGUAGAGCCCUCAAUUUGGCGAUAAGUUCCCUUGGGAGUCUUGACUUCUUGCUUUUUGGAUACGACCAAGGUGUGACAGGUGGACUGCUAGACCUUCCAUCUUUCACCAAGUACUUUACCGAUAUCGAUACCGCGGAUCCAGCCAUCCAAAAUGACCCGGCCGUCCGAUCACAGCGCAGUUUGAACCAAGGCAUCGCGGUUGCAUCGUAUAAUUUGGGCUGCUUUUUCGGUGCCAUUUUGACGGUCUUUAUCGGAAAUCCACUAGGCCGACGAAGGACUAUCUUCUGUGGCUGUGUCAUCAUGGCCACGGGUGCCUUACUGCAAGCCACUGCUUUCCAUCUGCCGCAUUUCAUUGUUGGGCGCAUUGUAACAGGGGUGGGAAAUGGGAUGAAUACAAGUACCGUGCCAACUUGGCAGUCAGAGUCUGCAAAGUCUCACGACCGUGGUAAGAUGGUUAUGAUCGAAGGAAUGCUCAUCACCGCAGGCAUCACCCUUAGUUAUUGGAUCAACUACGGAUUCUCAUUCAUCGGGGAAAGCGAAGUGGCCUGGCGGUUCCCGCUUGCCUUCCAAAUUCUUUUUGCCGUCGUGAUUUUUACUUCUAUUCUUAACCUGCCUGAGUCCCCGCGAUGGCUUGUGAUGCAAGGGCGGAACGACGAUGCCUUAGAGAUUCUAGAGUGCCUUAACGAAAAAUCUCGCGAUGACCCUUACAUUAAGAAUGAGCUUUUAGCCAUCCAAGAAACUGUCAAGGAAAUGUCAAAGGGGUCGUAUAGGAGUCUUUUCGAUAUGAGCGAGUAUCGAGAAUUUCAUCGAGUGGCUCUCGCCUAUAUCAACCAAAUGUUCCAGCAAAUAUCUGGAAUUAACCUUAUCACUUACUAUGCGCCAUCCCUGUAUAGGGAGAUUGGUCUCGGGGAAGGCAAUCUUCCCAAGUUGUUAGCCGCUUGCAACGGCACAGAGUAUCUGAUGGCUGCAUUCAUUCCUAUUUUCAUUAUUGAAAAAGUCGGACGUCGUCCACUCAUGCUUUUUGGGGCCGCUGGCAUGUCACUCUCUAUGGCUGUCCUUGCGGGUACCAACUAUCGCCUGACUGUGCUUGGUGACCAGCAAGCCGGUAUUGGCCAAGCUGUGUUCUUAUUUGUAUUCAACACGUUCUUCGCCAUCGGUUGGCUUGGAAUGACGUGGUUGUACCCAGCAGAGAUUGUACCCCUGCGGAUUCGUGCACCGACCAAUGCAUUAGCUACAAGUGCCAACUGGAUUUUUAAUUUCAUGGUCGUCAUGAUUACCCCAGUCGCAUUCGAUAGCAUUGGGUACAAAACCUACAUCAUCUUCGCUGUCAUAAAUGCAUUUAUCUUCCCGUUUGUGUACUUGUUUUUCCCCGAAACGCGCUAUCGGUCUCUAGAGGAGAUGGAUGCCAUAUUCAAAAAGUCUACAAACGUCUUCAAUGCCGUUUCUCUCUCCAUCAAAGAGCCCCAUCGCUACGAUAAGCAUGGCCAGCUUAAACCUGAGUAUCUUGAGGAAUCCGUUCUUUACGAGACAAAUUCUGUGCACGAUGCGGGACAGAAGCUCGAUAGCGAUGAAAGUGGCCAGAAGAUCAACGUGUGA